UUAAGACAAAACUGAAUGCAUAUCCGAUCCCAGAUGGCGAACUGCACACAAAAUGCUCAUGAUUUUAUUGUGGGAUCCUUUCCUGUUUUGGUUGGUGCAUUAGCAAGUGAAGAUGCUGAAUCACUUUGUAGGAAAAAUAAUCUUUCAUUUAUUGAGCUGAUUCGUCCAUUCUGUCAACUAUAUACUGAUGCACAAAUACGUGAUCCUGUUAAUCCAAAUAUUAUAGUCAACAUAAAAAAAUGGAAAAUACGUGUAGUAGACAUUCAAUCUUCUUUGCCUCCAACUGUUCUUGUCAACCAUAUUUUGCAUGAUGUGGUCAACAAAUUAGCUACUAAAGUUGACAUGAAAUCAAGAUUUUCAGUAGAAAAACAAAUGAAAGCCACAGCACCAUGGUAUGAAGCAUACAGAGAUUGUUACCUUCAGCUUUUACAUCCAGUACGACAUGAAUUUAUCAGAGAUUUUCUGGCCUGCAUAUUUGUUGUUUCUACUAAACACCCAGAUCCAAUGCAAGCAUUUGCAGCACUUGUUUCUCGUCAAAAUUCUAUUCAAAAUUCAAAUGAAAACUCCAAGAAAACUUAUAAUUGGUUUAGUGAUAACACCUUUAAAUAUUACCUGCUACUUCAUGAUAACAUUGAUGGAAGUGAUAAAAAGGCUGAAAGUGUGUAUGAAAGUAUGAAAAUUGCAUAUGGCUCAAGUACAUGUUUUUUAUUGAAGAUAAAUUCAGGCCCAUCUGCUAGCAUGGACAAACUUGUUAAAGAUCCCUGGACUCCACAUAUGUAUCCAUUUUGGGAGGAAAACUUGGUCAUUGAUGAUAAUGAGUUAGAACGAAACUCAUCAGUCGGACAGACCAAUCAGUAUGAAGCUGACCUUAAGGAAGAGGUUAUUGUAACAGAAUUAGAGUUAAUUGAUAAAGAAAUUGAACACAAUCAUGUUCAGCCUCCUCCUAUGAGUUUUAACGAUCCAUUAACCAGCAUGCAUUACAAAGAUACACUUGAUAUUACAGAUACUGACAGUUUAGGUCCUUUAACAAAUGAUCUUUAUUAUAAAAAAGAAGAAAAAUCGGUUCAAUCUACAGAAAGGUCUCUCAAGAUGCAAGAUGCAAAAACUAGUUUGCGCCAAUUUUCAUUUAGUAUUUUAACAAACUCUGAUAGCACACUAGCUAAUAUUGAAAAACAUCAAAAUUAUGGACUUUUUAUUUCAUCUGAAGAUCAAGACCGUAUUAAGGAAUUUGUUUUUGAAUUUUGUGUUCGCGGUUUACUUCCACAUAUAGAAAAAUUGAUGAGGACAAUAUCUGAGCAGAUUAUAUCACGGAAAGGAAUCCAUAAGUCAAUAUUCAAUGCUACAAAGAAAUGGUUUGGUGGUAAUAAAACAACUAAUGUUGUUACAUCAUCUAACAAUGGUGUAAGCUAUGCAGCAGAUUCCCCUGAGCUUCAUCAUAGGCGACUGGGAGAUUUAGCAUUUUUGAUACAACAUUAUGAACUGGCUUACAGUUCUUAUCAUUCUGCAAAACGAGAGUUUAACAAUGAUCAUGCUUGGGUAUAUUUUGCUGGUGCUUUGGAAAUGGCAUCUGUGUCAGCAUUUAUGUUAGGUGCUGCACGAGUUUAUCCAGUUCAUUAUUUUGAAGCAAGCAUCUCAACAUAUCUUAAUACAUGUCGCAUGCCAGAAUUAGCGACUCGUGCAUGUUUAUUAAGUACCACAGCACUUCAAGCUAAAGAAAUGUAUCCAGAAGCAACUGUUGAGUUUAUUAAACUAACUAAUGAGGAUUCAGAUUUAAGAAGUGGAUUGCUGUUAGAACAAGCUGCUCAUUGCUUUUUGCACAAUAAUCCUCCAUUAGUUCGUAAAUAUGCUUUUCACAUGAUUCUUGCUGGUCAUAGAUUUAGUAAAUCAGUUCAAAGGCGACAUGCUUUAAGAUGCUAUCUAAAUGCUCUUGCAGUGUAUCAAAAUAAAAAUUGGCAUCUUGCAGAGGAUCAUAUUAAUUUUAUUAUUGGACGACAAUCAUUUAAUAUGAAUUGUUUAUCAGAUGCACAGGAAGCAUAUAAAUCAUUGUUAAUGUAUGAAAGUCAACAAUCGAUGUCACAGCAAGCUUCUCAUUUAAGAGAAUUUCUUAUUGUGUUUAAAAAAAAUUUGGAAGUUUCAAAUUUUGAGUUCACAAAUUCCAAUAAAACAACUUUGCCUAUUCUUCCACUUCCAAGAGCAAAUCCAAAUUCAAUACGGUGUUUGUUACUCAUAAAUGAACAAAUGUUUUAUGAUGGUGGAUCAGUGCCAUCUAAAGCAUCUGUGCGUGUGGUAAGAAAUAUAAAAGCUGGUUCUUAUUCAUUUCAAACAAAUUAUUCCAAAAUUUUAAAUCGCUGGGCAAGUCUUGAAAAAACUAUUGUUACACAAGUUACUGGAGAAACUCCAUUUCCUUUUAAACCAUUUGUUCCUUGUCUUUCUGCAAUAACAGAUAACAAAUACAGUCCUAUCGUUGCAGCAGGAGAAUGUUUUGCUUACGAAAUUGUUUUUUCGAACCCAUUAAAGAUUCCACUAACAAUGAUCAACUUGGUGUUGUUAUGGGAGUUUCAUCCAGAUAAUGAUCAACAUAAUGUUAUAACUAACAAGCAUUUAGAUCAUUCUGACUGUAUAUAUGCAGAAGUCAUAGAAAGUAUUAAUCUUCCGGCGACAGAAAAUAAAGUGGUUUCUUUACGGUUGACUUCUAAAAUGUCAGGUUGUCUGGAAGUUGUUGGUAUAAAAUAUAUUUUAAGUAGCAUAGCUGUAAUAAUUUCACUAGAAGAUACAAGAAACAUUGAGGUUAAUACUCAACAUCUCACAACUCUGAUAAGUUGUGGAGUUGCUGGUAUGCAGCCUUUAAAGGUUGCAGGUCCUCGUUUAAACUCUACAAAACAGGAAAGAGCCAAUAAAGUUUAUGGUCUAGAUAAACGCCUUAAUGUAACGGUUGUAUCAUCAUUACCAUUAAUUGAGGUUAAUUUUUUGAAUGUACCUACAACAUUAUUGUGUGGUGAGAUAUAUGAAACAGCAUUGUUAAUAAAAAAUAUUGGCAUGUUGUCUGCUAAAAACAUAUACAUUGCUUGCAGUCAUAAUUCAUUCUUUACUUUGGGUUGUGAUGCAAACAUUCAAUGUAAUAAAAGGAACAAUAUUUUUAAAAUUCCAGUAGAUAAACUAGUGCCAGGAGAGCAUAUCAAUUUUCCUAUUACUUUAUAUGGUAUUGAAGGAGCUGGUGUUCAUGAAAUAGAUUUUAUAUUUUAUUACGAACCUUUUGAGUACAUAAAAUUAGUGCCAUAUAGGGUUCUUCAGCAUACUUUACAUAUACAAACUCUAAGUACUUUGUCAUUAUCAGCUCAGUGGUUACCAAGUCUAGUUAAUAAUCAACUAUAUAAAGAAUUUAAUAAAGAUAUUAAUUCAGCUAGGCAGAUGGAAAGAUUACAUGAAAACAAAGUGAUAGUUACUUUAACAGUGGAAAAUCGCUCGCAGGGUUCCAUGAGUUUAAGAUGUAGUGAAUUUACAUUAAACAAGCUACAUUGCAGUUCUCAGUGGCAUCUUUCUGGAUUAUUACAAUCUACGCAAGAUACUCUAACUUUGCGUCCAUCAGAAAAAUUUACACUACAUCUUAAAAUUACUGCAUCCAAUCUUAUCGCUGGUUCUGAUAAUUUAAGUAUUGAUGAGUGUGUUGGACUUUCUUCUAUUUUGCUAUCUCAAGAUCAGAGUCUUAAAAAGAAGUCGAUAUCAGAAUUCUUUAACAUUGACGAUGUUCUAUCAUCCAUGAAUAAGUUUCUUCUUCUUCUUGAAUGGGAGACUUUUUAUAUUGAUGAAACGUUUACACGAAAUGUAAUUAAAGGUCAAUCUCAUGUCGUUCUUGGUGAAAACGAGCGAACUUGUUUGCCAACAAAUUUCGAUCUCCCCGAAGGAGUUUGUGUCUCCUAUGAACAUCCUGUUGUUGUUAAGCACGACUUUAACAAGCAGAAACUAUGCAUCCUUCCUGUAAAGAUAAAAUCUUUUAACAACACUGAUCAAGAUGUUGAGAUUCGUUUUGAAACAGAAGUUGGGAAAGGAAGGACUGACGUUUUGUUAGAUCGCCCUUCCUCUCUUAUCCGUUGGGUUGGUCAGCUGUGUUCCGCCAUAACUAUUCCAAGUAAAUCAAAUCGAGAUUUGGUUAUGUAUUGUGCGAUGACAUCAUUUGGUGUUUACGAAAUACAAAAUAUAAGUGCUUACAUCGUCAAUGGUUUAAACAUUAAAAACGGAAAUAUACCAAUAUCUCUUCCUUCGCAUAAUUUUGUAAGCGUUGUAUCGUGAAACAGCGUUGUACCUUUCAACAAACAGUAAAUAAAGUUAUUGUGCAUGGUUUAAAUAACAAAAUACCGAAAUCAUCUAUAUCAUUCCUUCAUAAGUCAUUGAUAUCAUUCCUUCGCCUAUCUUUAUAUGCAUUGAAACUGGAAACAUGAAGCUACCUUGAUAUACAACAUUUUUGCUACCUUGCUUUAUUCGAAAGAAUAGAAAAUAAGCUUACAUGUUCUAACGGAGAGCAAUUAAGCCCAGUUAGGAUCUUUUAUUUACGCGGUUUUAGAUGUAAUUUUUAUAAAAAAUAUUUGAGAUUUAAAAGAUUUUUGUAGCUACAUUA